UUGUUUUAUGUCAUGCUUUUCUUUUUGUACGAUAAAGAUGUGAUUUAAAAAAAAAAAAAACAAUUCCUUAAUAAAUUUUGAUAAUCUUUUUCUAUAAUCGAGGCCUAAUAUUUAUCUGGGUUUUGAUUAAUUCCUUCUAUUUUUAUCAGGGAUGGGCAAUGCUAGUGGCAAAAAUGAUGGAGAAGGCAGUACAGGAGAAGGUUAUGAGCAAGAGGGUAUGGAGUUUGCUGCUGCACAUGAUAGGGGUGUAUAUAUAGGAGCAGAGCCCAUGGUGCACUCCGCUCCUCUUAGUCCUAGGACUAGAAGAUAUCUUCAGCUUCCUCUCAUUUUCACUCCACAGGUCCCUGCAAUUCGAUUGCCAAGACCUGCUGAAAUGAUACGUGUCCAGAAUUAUGCAUUGGCUCAUAAGACAGUAGAUUCUCUGGAUGCGUUCAGUGAGAAACUGAAUGCUGUGAUGAUAACAUGGAGUUAUGGUGGCAAGCAAGUGGCUGUUACCGGAUCAUGGGAUAAUUGGGAGAAAAGAGAACCUUUGCAUAAAUCGGGUAAAGAUUUUGUUUUCAUGAAGAUGCUUCCCUCAAGUGUUUUUCGCUACCGCUUCAUUGUUGAUGAACACUUGAGGUAUGCUCCAGACUUGCCAUGGGAAUGUGAUGAAUCAGGGAUUGCAUACAAUAUUUUGGAUGUGCAGGAUGAUGUUCCAGAAGCUCCAGAAAGCUUGUCCGAGUUUGAAGCUCCUCCAUCCCCAAUAACAAGCUACAAUAAUGAGUCAUUAGAUGACACUGAUUUCAGUAAGCAGCCUCCUGAUAUACCUCCACAACUUCAACUAACAAUGUUGAACGACAGAUCUGCUGCAGAAAGUCACCCAACACUGCCAAGGCCUCGGCAUGCAGUGUUGAACCAUCUGUAUAUUCAGAACAACCGAGGUCAGCCUGUUGCACUUGGCACGUCCCAUCGCUUUCUUCACAAGUAUGUGACAGUUGUACUAUACAAACCCUCAAGGCGAUGAAAAGUAAUACCAUAUUCUUUAAAUGUCAGAGAUCCUAGAGGUGGAUUUGUUUGACAUAAUAGAAAUCGUUAAGAUUUAAGCUCAUAGAAAUAGUAAAGGGAACCAAAAAAAAGUUAAAAAAUAGGUGAAAAUUGGGUUAUUUUUGCUGCAAACUUGACUUAUUCAGUUGCCAUUUAUUUA